GGGGCGAAGAAGGCGCCCGAUACCGGGCCGAGUGCAGCUGCUGUGGCCGCCGCCUCUUUCGCUCUUCAGGCGUUGGCUCCUCGGUCCAAGCGACCCCGGAGGGAGACCAGCGAGGGGAAGACCUGCGCGGAGAGCCCGCAGAUGCUUGGAGCCUUUGCAGCGCGGAGCUGCUGGUCGCCCGCCCCCGCCGCUCGCCUGCUCCUGCUACGGCUCUCCGUCCGCGGGCUCCGGGAGCCCCAGCUCCCCGCCGCCGCCGCCGCCGCCGCCGCCCGCUCUAGGUGUGGGGGCUACUGGGGCUGAGCCGGGCCUCCGCGCCAGCUCCGAGGACGGACGCCUGAGGAGCAGCGCGCCGCCGGCCCGCCGGGGACGCCCGCAGGCGCGGGGGUUCGGCGUCUUGACCCCGGGCUCGCCCCUGUCCGGCCGCCGAGGCCCCACGGCAGACUCCCGAGCGACCCGGCUCGGGCGGUGAGAGCCCCGCGCCGCCCUCCGUCCGUCGCCGGGUCGCCGGCCCUCGGCGCCUCGCCGCCGCCACCUCACGAGUGUCCGGGCCGCGCUCGGCGGGCUCCUGAGCCGCAGCCAUGGGGUGCUGGGGUCGGAACCGGGGCCGGCUGCUGUGCAUGCUGAUGCUGACCUUCAUGUUCAUGGUCCUGGAGGUGGUGGUGAGCCGGGUGACUUCGUCGCUGGCGAUGCUCUCCGACUCCUUCCACAUGCUGUCGGAUGUGUUGGCGCUGGUGGUGGCGCUGGUGGCCGAGCGCUUCGCCCAGCGGACCCACGCCACCCAGAAGAACACCUUCGGCUGGAUCCGGGCCGAAGUGAUGGGGGCUCUGGUGAACGCCAUCUUCCUGACCGGCCUCUGCUUCGCCAUCCUGCUAGAGGCCAUCGAGCGCUUCAUCGAGCCGCACGAGAUGCAGCAGCCGCUGGUGGUCCUCGGGGUCGGCGUGGCGGGGCUGGUGGUUAACGUGCUGGGGCUCUGCCUCUUCCACCAUCACAGCGGCUUCGGCAACGACUCCGGCCACGGCCACUCGCACGGGGGCCACAGCCACGGCCUCCCCAAGGGGGGCCGCGGCAAGAGCCCCCGCACCGGGGGUAGCGACAACAGGGCCCCAGGUGAGCAGGGUCCCGACCAGGAGGAGACCAACAUCCUGGUGGCCAAUAGCAGCAACUCCAACGGGCUGAAAUUGGACCGGACAGAUCCAGAAAAGUCCAGAAAUGAUGCAAUGGAAGUACAAGUGAAUGGGAAUCUUAUCAGAGAACCUGACCAGGUGGAAUUGGAAGAUGAUGAUGAUAAGGCUGGACAGCUUAACAUGCGUGGAGUUUUUCUGCAUGUCUUUGGAGAUGCUUUGGGUUCAGUGAUUGUAGUAGUAAAUGCCUUAGUCUUUUACUUUUCUUGGGAAGGUUGUCCUGAAGGGGAGAUGUGUGUGAACCCAUGUACCCCUGACCCCUGCAAAGCAUUUGUAGAAUUAAUUAAUAGUACUCAUGCAACAGUUUAUGAGGCUGGUCCUUGCUGGGUGCUAUAUUUAGAUCCAACUCUUUGUAUUGUAAUGGUUUGUAUACUUCUUUACACAACUUAUCCAUUACUUAAGGAGUCUGCUCUUAUUCUUCUCCAAACUGUUCCUAAACAAAUUGAUAUCAAAAAUUUGAUAAAAGAACUUCGAGAUGUUGAAGGAGUUGAGGAAGUUCAUGAAUUACAUGUUUGGCAACUUGCUGGAAGCAGAAUCAUUGCCACUGCUCACAUAAAAUGUGAAGACCCGACAUCAUACAUGCAGGUGGCUAAGAUCAUUAAAGACGUUUUCCAUAAUCACGGAAUUCAUGCUACUACCAUUCAGCCUGAAUUUGCUAGUGUAGGCUCUAAGUCAAGUGUAGUCCCAUGUGAACUUGCCUGCAGAACUCAGUGUGCUUUGAAGCAAUGUUGUGGGACACGGCCACAAGCCCAGUCUGGAAAGGAUGCAGAAAAGGCCCCAACAGUUAGCAUUUCUUGUUUAGAACUUAGUGACAAUCUAGAGAAGCAGCCCAGGAGGACUAAAGUUGAAAACAUCCCUGCUGUUGUGAUAGAGAUUAAAAAAAUGCCAAACAAACAACCUGAAUCAUCUUUGUGAGUCUUGGAAAAGAUGUGAUAUUUGACUUGCUUUAAACUGCAAGAGGAAAAAGACUCCAUUGAAAUUCUAUGUUUGCCAAGUAGUGUAAUUGAAGUCCUUGUCUGGUCACACAGUUUAAUUCUAUUUUUGUAAGAACAUAAUGGGACUGCUUAACAGAGUUCUAUAUUACAACUUUGUGAUUAUUAGUGCAGAGUACAGCUAUGCUGUAACAGUUUUGGAAAGCCAGUUUUAACACUAUGUUACAUUUUUGUUUAAAGUAAGUAUAAACCUUAUAUGACAUUUGAUUUCCAGUUUUUCCAUGGUAAAAAAAUUAGGGGGAUAAAUAAAUUAAAAUUGUUACUGGAAUUUCUCUGCUUUUCUUUUCCCCCAGUGUUAUAUUUUGUUUAUUAGAAUU